AUGGAGAAUAUCAUGAGCCAGGUUGCCGAUGCCUUUAUUGAACUGGAGAAAUACCCGUUCGAGUCAAUGGGUUCCUUACGUGGGCCAGGGGAGCCUGUGAUCGUGUCAUUCGCUCGGGAAUCGUUAACGGAGCGUGUCAAUGAAGAGGUACACGCUGUUGGCCCUUGUUCAUCAAGGAAGGAAUACCUGAAGGAGUCAAUUCAAUUGACGCUGAGGCUGAUUCUACGAGAUGAAAUGUACGCGACUCGUGAGGUCGAUGCAUAUAUUAUCCAUCUCUUUCUCUUGGACUCCAUCGAUGCCAUAUGUUCUUCCCAAUGUGUUGCAGAUGAUGGACACUUCUACCUGAAACACGCUGACAACAAAGGUGACCAUAUCCUUGUUGAUGAAGACUACAAUGUUACAGCUAUUAUAGAUUGGGAAUGGGCUUACACGGCUCCAAAAUCGAUCGCCUUUAAUUCCCCUAUGGCCUUUUUCCCAGUGGGAGACUUCUACGACGGCGUCACCACAUCUGGCGAAGAAGAACUUCUCUUUGCACAGGUGCUCGAAGCCAAAGGGCGCCCUGAGCUAGCCAAUAUUGUGAGGAGCGGUAGGAUCCAGCAUCAUUUCGCGUUUUGUUGUGGAUAUGACUUUAUCACGGAUUGGGAUGGGUUUCUGGGACUAUUCAAAGGACUUCGACGUGCCCUCGGUGGUACCGAUGGAGAACUGGACUGGGACGACUGGAGGAAAAUGGCGUUGGAUCGAUAUAGUGACGAUGAAAACCUCAAAGCAUUAAUAGGCCGGCAGAAGGAGAAUGAUCGAGGGGACUUCGCGCGGGUUGACUGA